AUGUCGUCCGUCGUGAUCAUCGGGGCCUCUCGCGGUCUUGGGUUUGCCCUAGCCAAAAACUGGUCUGAGAACCCUUCCAACACCGUCAUUGCACUGGUCCGCAACAAAGCGGCAGCCAUUGACAGCUUCCAACAAGACCUUGGGGACAGAAAAAAUCUCAUUGCUGUUACCGCUGAUUUGGAAGACUUUGAUUCUUUAAAGGCUGCUUCGGAAGAGACGUCUAUCCUUCUCAAUAACAAACUUGACUACCUCAUUGUAAACGCUGCCGUCAGUGAUAGCAUCGUUGACGACAUUGGCAAUGCCAUCCUCAAUGACCGCGAACAAUUUGACAAAGACAUGCUCCGGACCUUUAGGACUAAUGUCUUGGGAGUGGCUCACGCCCUCGGUCUAUUUGCACCCCUUCUUCGCACCGGUAUCGCCAAGAAGGGAGUCGUCAUCAGCAGCGGCGUUAGUGACCCUCACUGGACGGCUAAAUGGCGAACCUUUGGCCAUGCACCCUAUGGCAUAAGCAAGGCGGCUGUCAAUCAGUUGGUGGCAAAGUUUCACGCUCAGUAUGCCUAUGACGGUGUCACGAUAUCGGCAAUCAGCCCCGGAAUUAUCAAGACGCAGUUCAACACUCCCCGACCUGAAGAUCCCAACUAUCAACGCAUGCAGAAAGCAUUUGGCCCCCCUAUCAGCGAAUCUAACCGUUUCAAGGGGCCUUAUACUGCCGAUGAGUCAGCUGCAAAGGUGACUGACGUGAUUCUGAAGCAACUGGAUCUUGAAAAGCAUGGAGGGAUAUUAAUCUCGGAGUACGCUGACCAACAGUGGGUUUAA